AUGAUUCAAAGAACUGCCGUGCCAUUUUUAGCACUACUUGCGUGCGCGAGGUCAGGCAGUUACGAUUUUAAUGGAAAGAUUGCUUUGGUAACGGGAGCAAGUCGAGGGAUCGGUUUAGGUAUCACCACCCAGCUUUUACUCAAUGGAAGUGUUACCAUGGUCAGUGUUAAUGCUGCUCGAGGCAAUCAGACCGUUCAGUUACUUACUGAAAAAUUCGGGAGCGGAAAGGUGAUCUGGUUGCAAGGUGACGUUAGUGACGCGGAGCAACUUGAGGAGGCGUUUAACGCGUCUACUUCCCACUGGGGUGGUUUGGAUAUUGUUGUUAAUGGUGCCGGGGUGGUUGACGAACCACAUCCAGCUAGAUUAAUUAAUAUCAACGCACUGGGAGUAGUGCAAGGAACGAUAUUGGGGUUUAGGUACAUGAGUAUAGCUAAAGGAGGACGUGGAGGGGUUAUAAUUAAUGUGUCUUCAAUAUAUGGAAUUGACCCCAUAUCUUUCGUGCCAGUUUACAGCGGCACUAAAGCCUUCGUUGUUGGACUAGGACGUUCCUUUAGCAAUCCGCUUUAUUAUUACUACAACAACGUUCGUGUAAUGACCAUUUGUCCAGGAAUCACCAAGACAGAUAUUCUAAGUAAAGAGCAAUUUAUGAAUGGCAUGUCCAAUAAAUUCUUACCUGGACUCAACCUAAUUGCUUAUUUAGGAUCUUGGUUCAUAUAUGAGCAGUCGUCCGAUAAUGUCGGUAAAGCCGUCAUAGUAAUGCUAAACGAUGGCGAAAACGGAAGCGUGUGGGUUUCCGAAAAUGAGCAACCACCCUAUCAAGUUGAAUUUUCGAAUAGGAGGGCAAUGAAAAAGAACAAAUUGUCAAGCUUUUUCGAUCAAUUCUUCGGCUAGUAGCAAACUGAAAAUUAAAAAUUCUUCUAUUUCUUUACCGCCAUUGAAGUAUUCGUCAUUCUUCAGCACAAAGUACACUUCCAUCGAUGUAGGUACCUACCACUCAUCCUAACACUUUGUGUCCCCUCGAUGACAAAACCAAGUUGCAACUUCCCUUUCUGAUUGCAUUAUAGCAUUGAAUAAGUACUAGGUACCUUAAUUUAGAUAGUAAAGGUCUAACAUUUUCUGGAAACAAUUUUAUAUCUAAUAGUAUAUUAAGUAUUAAGGUCAGUAGGUGUACUUUACCGAUUGAGGAUAAUAAUUGCAAACCGAGAGCGCAGCUCGAGGUGUGCAAUAUUAUCCGAAAUCGGUUAAGCACCUACUGGCCG